UCAGUUUUUUUGCCUUAAGUCUGCGACUCCUCUCCCGCCCACACAAACCCAUUCCAGAAAUCGAAACUGCACCGGUUUCCAUGCAGAAGGCCCCCGCGUCCUCUGGAUCUCCCUGCCUUCAACAGGACCCCACCCUGGCCCCCACGCCCACCAUGCCUCCUCCGGAGGACCCCUCUGAAGACCAUGAACACAACCAAAGCCCGACGGAGCAAACCUUGAAGGAGGAAUUCCAGUUUCUGCGCUGCCUGGGCUGCCAGGCCCAAGCCAAGUGCCCCAAGCUGCUUCCUUGCCUGCACACGCUGUGCUCCGGAUGCCUGGAGGCGCGGGGUUUUCAGUGCACUAUCUGCCAGGCGCCGGGAGCCGACCCUCCUGCGGAAGCCCUGGAUAACGUGUUCUUCGAGAGCCUGCAGCGGCGCCUGGCGGUGUUCCGGCAGAUCGUGGAUGUGCAGGCUACGUGCACCCGAUGCAAAGAGUCGGCUGACUUCUGGUGUUUCGAGUGUGAGCAGCUCAUGUGCAACAAGUGCUUCGAGGCGCACCAGUGGUACCUCAAGCACGAGGCCCGGCCCCUGGCCGAGCUCCGCGAUAGCUCAGUUCGCGAAUUCCUCGAUGGUACACGCAAGUCCAACAUCUUUUGCUCCAAUACCAACCAUCGCACCCCUGCGCAGACCAACAUCUACUGCCGAGGCUGCGCCAAGCCUCUGUGUUGCACAUGUGCACUCCUGGACCGCAGCCACGGCGAUCUCCAGUGCGACAUUGGCGAGGAGAUCCAGCAGUGGCAUGAGGAGCUCGGCACCAUGACGCAGGCCCUGCAGGAGCAGGAAAGGACCUUUGACAAUGCUCACUCGCAGAUGCGCUCGGCCAUAGGCCAGCUGGAGCACGCACGCACAGACGCUGAGGAGCGAAUCCGCUCCCGCGUUCGCCAAGUGGUAGAGCAUGUGCAGGCGCAGGAGCAGGAACUGCUUGAGGCGGUGAAUGCACGCUACCAGCGUGACUACCAGGAAAUAGCUGGUCAGCUGGGCCACCUGGAAGCUGUGCUGCAGCGCAUCCGCACUGGUGAGGCGCUGGUCAAGAGGAUGAAGCUCUAUGCCUCCGACCAGGAGGUGCUGGACAUGCACGACUUUCUGCGCAGGGCACUCAGCUGCCUGCGCCAGGAGGAACCCCAGAACCAGCAAGUCCAGCUGCGCACCAGCGGCUUCGAGGAGUUCAAGAUGUGUCUGCAGGACCUCAUCUCCUGCAUCACCCCGAGGACAGAUGCAGCUGUAGUCGAGAGAGCCAGACCAGAGGCAGCCAGCACUCCCAAGGACUCUCUUGACCUCAAGCAGCCCAAUGAAGUGCAGAGUGCACAGGCUGAAGCCCUGAAUAUGUCUAAGACCCAGCCUGUGGCCAUGGUACAGUCAGUGCCCGGAGUGCACCCUGUGCCAGUAUAUGCCUUCUCUAUGAAAGCCCCCACCUAUCAAGAGGAAGCCUCUCAGACAGUCAUCUCCAAGAAGAGGAAGUGCUGCUGCCACAGCGAUAGCUCCAGGAAGAUGAUCAAGAUGGAGUCCACAGAGGAGGAUGAGGACAGGUUGACCAAUAGCUCCCCUGAGCAGCCCAGACCCAGCACUUCCAAGGCCGUCUCACCUCCCCAUCUGGAUGGGUCUUCCAACCCUGGGAGCCCCAUCCAAGAAGAAGAAACCCUCCUGCUCACCGGCAAUCAUGUAACCAGCGACACAGGGGAAACAGAAGAGCGAAUUGUGGUGAUCAGCAGCUCAGAAGACUCAGAUACCGAGAAUCUGUCCCCCCACGAGCUGGAUGAUAGCGGCAGUGAGUCCAGUGGCCUCCAACUGGAGGGCCCUAAUUUCCUCAAGGCAUCGAGUGAGAGUCUCGCUGACCCCCAAGCAGAAGACAGGCCUCUGGUAUUCUUUGACCUCAAGAUCGACAAUGAAACCCAGAAAAUUAGCCAACUGGCAGCCGUGAACCAGGAAAGCAAGUUCCGAGUACUCAUUCAACCCGAGGCCUUCAGUGUCUACUCGAAGGCCGUCUCCCUGGAGGUUGGACUGCAGCACUUCCUCAACUUCCUCACCUCCAUGCACCGACCCAUCUUGGCCUGCUCUAAGCUGUGGGGGCCUGGACUCCCCAUCUUCUUCAAGGCCCUGAAUGAUAUUAACAAGCAGUGGGAAUUCCAGGUCUCCAUCUCCGGUUUCUUGGCUGUGUUGCCUCUCAUCCAGGAACGCAUACCAGGUGCCAGCAGCUUCAAACUUAGGAACCUGGCCAAGACCUACCUGGCAAGAAACAUGAGUGAGCGGAGCGCCCUGGCUGCGGUGCUGGCCAUGCGAGACUUGUGCUGCCUCCUGGAGGUCUCUCCAGGGCCGCAGCUGGACCAGCAUGUCUACCCCUUCAGCAACUUGCAGUGCUUUGCUUCCCUGCAACCCCUAGUUCAGGCGAAUGUCCUGCCCCGGCCCGAGGCCCGCCUCUUGGCCCUCCACAAUGUGAGCUUCCUGGAGUUGCUGACUGCAUACCGCAACAACCCACAAGAGGGCUUGAAGAGGUAUGGUCGCUAUCUGAGCCUGCAGACCUGCUCGUCGUCGGCGUCCACCCAGCUUGCUCAGUACCUCCAGGCUCUGAGCACCUACAUGGAAGGACUGUUGGAAGGGUGUGACCCAGCCAUGGCAGAGGGCAGCUCUGCUCCUUUCUCUAGCCAGAGCUUGGCCAAAAAGGCCUCCCAGCAGACCUGAAAGGAAGGGAUGCCUGGCUUAGCAGGUGGCCACAGAGCAAGGAGCAUUUCUGAGUCGGGCCCUACCCUGCACCGCAUCCCCAGGUCUUAGUCUUCUAUACAGAACCUGCUGUUUAGUUCAGGAUAGGUGCCCUUUAUCUGGGACCAAAUGCUCUUUCUCUAAAAUUCCUGCAGCAGUCGCCAAAGGCACCCCAGACCUAGCCCCUCCCUUGGAAGCCAGACUCGGGAAGACUUGAGUAAAGAAGGCAUGGCCUCUGGGCUCUCUGGUUGGCCCUCAUAUGGUCCCUGUCACCUCACCUACCACUACCACAGCAGGGGCCUUGCAACUCUUCCCUGAUGCUCAAUGUUCCAAGUGAUCUCCUGAUAAGUCCCCACGAACAACACCUUAAGAAAGAAGUUCUCAAAUGUGGGUUGCAACUAUUGGAAGACACCUAUUUCUGAUGGUCUUAGGAACCCCUAACCGUAACUGUAAUUUUGCUACUGAGCGGUGUCUCAGUUUCUAAGACCAUUGGAAAGGCAUGUUUUCCCAUGGUCACGACCCACGGCUUGAGAACCCCUGCUCUAAGGCGUUGCUUACCACUAUACCAGCAGCCUAUGGGCACCCAAAGUGCCUUUCAAACCAAACUGCCCUUCAUGAAUUUGGGUUCUCCCAGCUCCCACUGGCCAGAGGCCCAACUGUGUUCACUUUUAUUUUUUUUUAACACUUUCAUUCCAAAGAGGCCUCCUAGCAGCAGAGAGAACGAGAAGCUGCUGCCCCAUCCAUCCCUGUCCCUGUUUCUACAGACGAUUGACCCUUCCAGCUUUAUUCUUUGUUCACGGGCCACCUAGCCCCUCCUUGCGUUCAGCCCUUCCAAGGGACACCCAGUGGGGCACUUGCAUCUAGAGCUUGGGAAGGUGAACCUGUGGGCAUUACUCAGGGUCCCCAGAAUCAGGUUCUCUGGAGUAGGGCCUGCAGCAUUAGCAGGUUCUCCAGGUGGCUCUAUAUGCUGAGUGUCACUGCUGUCACAGGCCACCUCACCUCAAAGGGAAGUAGAGGAAGUCCCUGGCUGCGUAUACAUUGAAUAUGGUUAGGAAAAGGUCAGAGCUCCACUCCGGUGUUCUGUAAAAUGGGCUGGCUGGCCUGUGUUAUUAUCUCAGAGUCCCUAGCCAGCUUUGUCAUCCUGGGCUCUCAGGCAUGGGCAGCAGCUUGCUGGGGCCGCAGAUAAGAAGCAUCCUCACCCUUCUCUAUGGCUAGCUGAACUGCUGUUGGCAUUUUCCGCCUCCUCACCCUGACCCAUUCCCUGCUUCCUGCUCCUAGGGUAUUUCCCAGAUAGCCCAGAGGUCCAGUCUUGACAGUCUCCAGUUUCAUGUGGGUGAUGCCUGCAUCCCCACACCUCUGACCCAUCCUAUGGGUGACCCAGUGUUCUAAGGCAUUCUGUAGAAGCUCAUCCACACCAGGUGAGGCUGAACUCUGACAGCAAUCCACUAGAGCACUGGUUUAGGUGGGGCUGAGGAUGGGAGAGGAAGAGAGGCUGAGUCUAUUGCCUGGCUGGGGCCAUGUCUUACCCUCAACCCUCAACCUAUCCCUGAACUAAACAGAGCUCACUGAGUCCCAGCCGCACCAGGCUGGCUGUCUUCAGUUGCAGCUGAUCAUGGAUUUAUGACAAAGGGAAGAAGGUAUCGCCCUGUCCUAUCUGCCAUUACAGCAGUUAGUAUGUGAAUUUUUUUUUCUUGGUUUUCAGAGGCAGGGUUUCUCAGUGUGACCCUGGCUUUUCUGGAACUCACUCUGUAGACCAGGCUGGCCUCGAACUCGGAGCUCCACCUGCCCCUGCCCCACAAUUGCUGCGAUUAAAGGUUUGCAUCACCACAUAUUGCCUGGCAAAUAUAUGCAUCUCCAAAGCCUAACGUUCCAAUCACAGACUCCACCUAGCCUUCCUUUCCUAGAUCCAUCGAGCCUGCUCUUCCAUGGGGACAAGAGGCUCUCCCAGGCAUGGGUGAGCAGGUAAUUGCCCAACUUGACUCAGGGAAAUCUUUCUGAGUCUGGCAGAGCUGAGCACGCCCUUGUUCAGAGAUAAUGGCGCUAAGGUUAUAAAUCCUCUAUUUCAAGUAGGGAAACCCAGGCGACUUUCCACAGGGUCAUUCCCAAGGGUGAGAGGCACCAACUUUGAGAAUUCCCUUCUAAGGUGAGGUGGGGGCCAGAGACCAGGACCUGUGGACCCUUUGCUUCUGGGACCUCUCCUGUUUUCAAGUUUCUAGAGCGGGCAAUAAAAUCCUAUAAACUGAAAUCGAGGGGCAGCGCAGGACACUGGCAAUGUGUUUGUGCAGUGUCGUUGAUAUCCUGGGUGGAACUUAACUUGUAACUUUCAAGGCUCAGUGCACAGCAUUCUAGUGCCCCUCGGCUGGGUGAAGAGCCAGGCGACAGCAACAGCAUUAUUAGACCCACUUCCUGUCCAGGUGCCCAAGUUCCGUUGCUGGAGCUCUGUUUGACCCUUUGACCAAAAAAUAUCAAAGUUUAAGUAUACUGUGUAUGCUACAUUUUAAAAUUCUGUCAAGAUUUACCCUACCACCACUACUAACAACCAAGACCUCAUUGGACUACAAGUUAGGACACUGGAAUUCAGUUCUUGCGAGCUUGUGGCCCUGAGCUGGCACUGUUAACUCCCUGGUUCCCAGGCAGCUCCUUU